AUGCCCAUCGAAGGAUAUGAGAAGAUGCCUCUCGUCUCACUCGAAGAAGCUGUCAAUCCUCUUCGUCCUUUCUUGCCGGAUAUUCAACGAAAAGUGUGGGUGGCAAAACAGAAUUGUGGAAAUCCUUCGGAUGGUCUCUCGUCCGAUGAAUCAGCAUCGAUUUGUCUCUAUACGAUGGAAUGGGAACCUCACGAAGAAUGUCUCUACAUUAUUCUCAACGCCAAUUUGCGUGAUAAAAAUCGAAAAAAACUCAAACCAUGGCUUCUCUAUCUGAAACUAUUUCUUACUGCUCUUGCUCGUCUUCCAUCGGCUCGUCGUUUUGUCUAUCGUGGAAUUAGACGUGACAUGCGAAAGGACUAUGUGAAAGGACAAACAGUCAUCUGGUGGGGAUUCAGUUCGUGUACAUCGACAAUGGAUGUCCUGGAAAAUGAACAAUUUUUGGGUUCGACAGGCACGAGAACUCUGUUCACUAUCGAAUGUGAUAGUGGGAAAGACAUUCAACAUCAUUCACUGUUCGCCGAAGAAAACGAAAUUCUCCUUCCGGCUGCACGACAAUUCAAAGUCACUUCGUGUCUCAAUCAAGGCGAAGAUCUUUAUCUCAUACAACUCAAAGAAAUCGAUCCACCAUUUCCACUUAUUGAGCUUGUGCCGACCAAUAUGAAAGUGGUUUUUCAGCGGAUUCAGGAUGCCAGAUGGUCACAGCAUGGGGUCACCGUCGCGGGCCACGGAAGAAGCGAUGGAACUCACCAGCUCGUCGCUCCUCAUGGUCUCUAUGUGGCUGACGAUGACACUGUCUACAUCGCUGACACAUUCAAUCAUCGUAUUGUGGAAUGGAAGUCUGGUGUAACGAGUGUUCAAGUGGUGGCUGGUGGCAAUGGAGAAGGAAAUCGGGCUGAUCAGUUGAGUCGUCCAGUCGAUGUGAUUGUCGAUAAAGAGACAGAUAGUCUCAUCAUCUGCGAUGAGGGGAACCGACGAGUGAUGCGAUGGGCUCGUCGAAGUCCAACAAGUGGAGAAAUCAUCAUCGAAAAUAUCGACUGUCGCGGAUUGACGAUGGAUGAUCAGAGAUUUCUCUAUGUCUCUGAUUGGAAAAGUAAUGAAGUCAGACGAUAUCGAGUGGGAGAGACGAAUGGAACAGUGGUCGCAGGUGGCAAUGGAAAAGGUGAUCGUCUCAAUCAACUGAACCAUCAUCCGACAUAUGUCUUUGUCGAUCAAGAUUAUUCUGUCUACGUCUCCGACAACGAAAAUCACCGUGUGAUGAAGUGGGUCAAGGGUGCGAAAGAAGGGAUUGUCGUGGCUGGUGGUCAAGGGAAAGGAGAUGCUCUGACACAAUUGUCGUUUCCUCGAGGAGUGUUCGUCGAUCUGUUAGGCACAGUCUAUGUAGCAGAUUACGGAAAUCAUCAAGUGGUGCGCUGGUGCAACGGAGAAACACAGGGAAAGGUGAUUGUGGGUGGAAAUGGUCGGGGAGACAAAGCAAAUCAGUUCUAUCAUCUCGAAGGUUUGUUUUUCGAUCGACAUGGUAAUCUGUAUGUCGCCGACUGGGGAAAUAAUCGAGUUCAACGAUUCUCAAUCGAAUGA